CGAUCCAUUUUGUAGCCGACGGCUACUGAACUCGAAAUAAAGACAACUCUCACACUCAGAAAAUAACGACCGAGAAGAAGUAAAAAUGUCAGCUUUGGGAUUUACUUCACGCUUUAGCCCGAUGCUAUCAAACAGAUUCCUUUGUCAAACCAAUUCAUUAUUAUUUAGCUUCUCUUCUUCUUUCUCCUCAUCGCUCAAAAUACCCUUCAAAGCUCUUUCUUGCUCUUCCAAUUCCCUUCUUCAUAAUAAUGGAACCACCUCGCGUCCCCUCUCAACAAGCUCUCCGCUUUCAGGGUUAGAGGAUGAGUUGGUGGGAUAUAUAUUUGGCAAGAAGAAGGCAACUGAAAUGGCUCAUUUGGUUUGGAGGCAUGUCCUACAUAAAGGGGAUAUUGCCAUAGAUGCUACAUGUGGGAAUGGUUAUGAUACCGUAGCAAUGCUCAAAAUGGUUGCUGAUGAAUCUUGUCGUGGUCGUGUUUUUGGAAUGGACAUUCAAACAGAGGCUUUAGAGAGUACUUCUUCCUUACUAGAUGAAAUUGUCAAUCAGAAAGAGAAAGAGCUAGUCAAGCUCUUCCCCAUUUGCCAUAGCAGAAUGGAUGAAGUACUUCCUGAAAAGAUUGCCGUUAGACUUGUUGCAUUCAACCUAGGCUACCUUCCUGGAGGCAACAAAGACAUUAUUACGACAUCGAAAACAACCAUGUUGGCAUUGGAAUCUGCAAAGAAAAUGCUGAUGUCGGGAGGGCUUAUUAGCCUAGUAGUUUAUGUAGGACAUCCAGGUGGAAGGGAAGAACUGGAAACAGUUGAAGGCUUUGCUUCAGGAUUGUGUGUUGAUGGUUGGAUUUGCUGCAAGUUCCAGAUGUUGAACCGACCUUUAGCUCCAGUACUUGUUUUCAUUUUUAAGAGAUGAAACGGCGAUGGUUUCCAAAACGUCGGAAUAUUUGUACUAGGAUAUAUUAUAUACAUUCCUGGGAUAUUUGUUACAUGUAGAAAGAUUCAUUUAUGAAU